AUGGAUAAUCGAAGCCAUGGGCGAUGCUCGCCGCCGCGUCUUGUCCAUCUCGUUGCCUCCGCCCUCCUCUUCCUGUGCGUAGCCCCCACCCCGGCGGCGAGUCAUCACCAUGGCGGGCCUGACACCGGCGUGCACAAGAACUUCCUCAUCAUCGUGCGCAGGCCGUACGAGUACGACACGAACGUGUACAAGAACGUGUCGAGCUGGCACGCGUCGCUCCUGGCCGAGGUGUGCGACAUGGCCAAGGAGGCGCUGGAGAACGACCCGUCCUCCGUGACCCGGCUCAUCUACUCCUACCGCAACGUCGUCAAUGGCUUCUCCGCCCGGUUGACGACGGAGGAGCUGGAGGAGAUGUCCAAGAAAGAUUGGUUCGCCAAGGCGUACCCUGAGAAGACGUACCAGCUCAUGACCACGCACACGCCCAAGAUGCUGGGGCUCAUGGGCGAGGGCCGCGAUGGGGCCGGCGUGUGGAACACCAGCAACAUGGGCGAGGGCAUCAUCAUCGGUGUCCUCGACGACGGCAUCUACGCUGGGCACCCCUCGUUCGAUGCGGCGGGGAUGAAGCCACCGCCGGAGAAGUGGAAUGGGCGGUGCGAUUUCAACAAUACGGUGUGCAACAACAAGCUCAUCGGCGCGCGGUCCUUCUUCGAGUCGGCCAAAUGGAAGUGGAAGGGCCUCGACGAUCCGGUGCUUCCGAUCAACGAGGGCCAGCACGGGACGCACACGUCCAGCACGGCGGCCGGCGCGUUUGUGCCCGGCGCGAAUAUCUCAGGCAACGCGGUGGGCACGGCAGCCGGCAUGGCGCCCCGUGCGCAUAUCGCCUUCUACCAGGUGUGCUUCGAGCAGAAGGGGUGCGAUCGGGAUGACAUACUGGCGGCGGUCGACGAGGCCAUCGAGGACGGCGUCGACGUGCUCUCUCUUUCGCUUGGUGGGAACCCGGGCGCUGACUUCUCGGAGGACCCCGUGUCGCUCGGAGGGUACACCGCUGCCCUGAACGGCGUGUUCGUCAGCACGGCCGCUGGCAACAUUGGCCCUAACCCGGCAACCCUCUCCAACGGGGCACCAUGGCUUCUCACCGUGGGAGCAAGCACCACCGACAGGAGGUUUGCGGCCACCGUGAUGCUCGGCAGCGACCUUGAACUCGACGGCGAGUCGCUCAGCGAGCCCAAGGACUACGGUAAAGAGAUGCGGCCGUUGGUGCGCGACGUGGGCGACGGCCAGUGCACAAGCGAGAGCGUGUUGACGGCACAGAACAUCACCGGGAAGAUCAUCAUUUGCGAGGCAGGCGGUGGCAUGAGCACCGCCAAGGCCAAGACGGUGCUCCGAGCAGGCGCUUUUGGCAUGAUCGUCGUCGCCCCUGAGGUGUUCGGUCCCGUGAUCGUCCCGAGGCCGCACGUCCUGCCGACGGUGCAAGUCCCCUACGCUGUCGGGCAGAAGAUCAAGUCCUACCUCCAGAGCGAGCGUAGCCCCACAGCCAACUUAAUCUUCAAAGGAACGUUAUUCGACACCCCACGGUCGCCCAUGAUGGCGCCGUUCUCGUCGCGGGGGCCGAACGUGAAGAGCCGGGGAAUACUGAAACCCGACAUCAUCGGCCCUGGAGUGAACGUGCUCGCGGGUGUCCCAGGCGUCGCAGACAUGGUGUUAGAGCCCAAGGCAGAGAUGCCCAAGUUCGACAUCAAAUCUGGCACCUCCAUGUCGUGCCCGCACCUCGCCGGGGUCGCCGCGCUGUUGAAGAACGCGCACCCAACAUGGUCGUCGGCGGCCAUCAAGUCUGCGCUGAUGACGACCACUGAAACCAACGACAACACCAAGAAACCUAUCGCCGACGUGGACGGCACCCAGGCGACGUACUUUGCCACGGGCGCCGGGCACGUGAACCCGAAGAAAGCCAUGGACCCGGGGCUCGUGUACAACCUGUCGGCGUCGGACUACAUCCCGUACCUGUGCGGGCUCAACUACACGGACCAGCAGGUGAACUCGAUCAUCCACCCGGAGCCGCCGGUGAACUGCGAAAAGCUAACAAAACUCCAAGAGAAGGACCUCAACUACCCGUCAAUCACGGUCAUCGUCGACAACGCGGACACCAUCGUGAACGCGAGCCGAGCGGUGACCAACGUCGGCGUGGCGAGCUCAACGUACACCGUGGAGGUUGAAGUGCCGAAAUCGGUGACGGUGGAGGUGCUGCCGCCAGAGCUGACGUUCAAGGAGCUGGAGGAGGUCUUGAACUACACCGUCACCGUCAAGGCGUCGUCUGUGCCGGACGGCGCGAUUGAAGGGCAGCUGAAGUGGGUGUCCAGCAAGCACAUCGUGCGCAGCCCGAUCCUAAUCUUGCCAGGCACCGGGGAGGAGGGCACGGCGGAGGCUCCAGCGCCUUCAGCCUAA